AUGUGGACAACAGCCAACUGCAUUCCUAAAGACUGUGGUUCAACACCAACCAUCCUCAAUGGAGCAUACACAUUCUCAAACAAAAUAAACACCACGUACGCAUCGCUAGCAAACGUGACUUGUGAUGCUGGAUAUGAAUCGAACGUUAGCCAGAUUAUGUGCCAAACAAAUGCUACGUGGACGAAAGCCAACUGCUUUCCUAAAGACUGUGGACCUCUUUCAAAACCUGACAAUGGUGAUGUGGUAUUAAAUGCUGGUACAAAAUAUGAAGCUGUUGCUAACUACAGUUGUAACGAUGGAUUUCAACUGGUUGGUGAUACAUCUAGAAUUUGUAAAAACACUGGCACGUGGUCUGGGGUACAACCAACAUGCGCUAAGAAAGACUGUGGUUCAACACCAGCCAUCCUAAAUGGAGCAUACACGCUCUUAAGCAAAACAAACACCACGUACGCAACGCUAGCAAACGUGACAUGUGAUGCUGGAUAUGAAUCGAACGUUAGCCAGAUUAUGUGCCAAACAAAUGCUACGUGGACGAAAGCCAACUGCUUUCCUAAAGACUGUGGACCUCUUUCAAAACCUGACAAUGGUGAUGUGGUAUUAAAUGCUGGUACAAAAUAUGAAGCUGUUGCUAACUACAGUUGUAACGAUGGAUUUCAACUGGUUGGUGAUACAUAUAGAAUUUGUAAAAACACUGGCACGUGGUCUGGGGUACAACCAACAUGCGCUAAGAAAGACUGUGGACCUCUUUCAAAACCUGACAAUGGUGAUGUGGUAUUAAAUGCCGGUACAAAAUAUAUAGCUGUUGCUAACUUCAGUUGUAACGAUGGAUUUCAACUGGUUGGUGAUACAUCUAGAAUUUGUCAACAUACUGGCAAUUGGUCUGGGGUACAACCAACAUGCGCUAAGAAAGAAAGCCCAAAAGUAGUGUGUACUGCACAAACCGAUAGCCAUGGUGUGGACUGGGGUGAAGUUUUAGCGGGGGACAUGCGAGUGAAAUCGUGUGAGGCCGGUUUUACAGGUAAUGUAACAAGGAAGUGCUUGGAAGAUGGAAAGUGGCAGCUUCCAAAUUACAACUGUAUCAGAACUGCCGUGGACAACGUGCUUAUUGCAGUUGACAGCUUACAAGCUAAUGCCACGACGUCAGAUGUAGUAGAUGCGUUGAAUCGAAUAGCCAAUGUGACCAAUCAAGAGAGGCAAACAAAUGCAUCUUCACUACUGACCAAUGCUGAAAUCACCUCGCUAUCGAGCUCAUUGGAAACUAUCGCAACCCUUGUGGAGGAGAAAGGCUUAGUUACACCAGAUGUUUCUAAGAAUUUUUUCAAGUGUGCAAGUAAUUUGAUUGAUGACAAAAACCAAGAGUCCUGGCAGUCUAUGCAAGAGUCGAAAAGCAAUGGCGGUGAAAAAGUUCUAUCUGCAGUCGAUAUAUUGGGCGAAGCACUUCGGAAUAAAAUACAAAAUGGGACAGAUGAAUUUAGUUCUUCAACAACCAUAAUUGAACCGAAUGUCGCCAUAGAGGUGAAGAAAGUGAAGAUGCAGGAUAUUGAAUUUCCUACAGCAAACUUUACCACCGGAAGACCAAAAGAUGACUGGGUUAAAGAUUCGCAAAGCAGUAUUCGUCUUGACGCCGAAGCAUUAGGAAACACUGACGUUGUCUGGACAGCUAUUAUGUACAAGGAUAUGAGUGACAUAUUACCUACCAGCUCAGAAGACAUCACUUCCUCAAUGAGUCGCACAGUGUUGAACGGACCCGUUCUUUCCCUUUCAAUAUUUCCGAAAGUUGGCAAUUUAGAUCCGCCCGUCACGAUUGUCUUCAAACAUGCACAGACAAAUCUCUCGAGUGCUUUAUGCGGUUAUUGGAAAUUUGGAAGUGCUAACCAGACGGGAAAGUGGGCAAGUGACGGAUGUAGGGUUAGAGAAUCCAACAAUUCAUUCACAGUCUGUGAAUGCGACCAUCUAACCAAUUUUGCUGUGCUUAUGAGUCCAUUUGUCGAAGCUGACUCGGAGUCCAUUCCACUUCGAGUUGUCUCUAUUGUCGGCAUUGGACUUUCUAUGUUGUGUCUGUUGAUAACAAUCCUGAUACACGUAUGUCUUUGGAGGUAUCUGAAGGGUGAACGGGCAGUCCUCUUACUCAAUCUCAGUAUUGCUCUGCUGUCCUCUUAUAUCAUAUUUCUGGCUGGAGUUGACCGAACAGAAAGCACGGCGUUCUGCGCUGUGGUGGCGGCAUUGCUGUAGUACAUAUACUUGGUGGUAUUUUGUCUGAUGUUAGCCGAGGGUAUUGAACUAGCAGUUUCGGUACUGUAUGUGUUCGCAACAAGGUCUAGACUCCGGGUUCUUGUCGUUUCUGCCUGGCUUUUACCAGCGAUAGUUGUUGGCAUUUCGCUAGGAGUAACUAAAGCGGAAGGCUAUGGAAAUGAACAUUUCUGCUGGCUUUCCAUCUCUCGUGGUUUAAUAUGGGCUUUUGUCGGACCUGCCAUAGUCAUAAUAGUCUUCAAUAUUAUCUGCCUUAUACUGGUUAUAAAGAAAAUGUUUGGCAUGAAAUCAAUGGAGACCAAGACUUCUGCAGAGAAGAUAAAAACUAGUUUGCGUUCUCUGUGCGUGCUCGUGCCUCUGAUGGGCGUUUCGUGGAUACUCGGAAUCUUCUACAUCAACGAUAAUUUGUUUUUUAUGCAAUACCUAUUCGCAAUCUGCAAUGGACUUCAGGGAGUUUUCAUCUUCAUAUUCCAUUGUUUGCUUAACAAAAAAGUAAG